GGGGCAUGGCCUGGAUGGAUUGCUGUUGCCACGGCGAAGCCAGGAGGAGGACUACGUGUUGCGGUGGAAUGCUUCGACACGUGCCGGCGUUCACGGUGCAGGCGGUGCACCGGCCCCGGCGCAUUCCGAUAUUUUGCAUUCGCGGACCGGAAGGUUCGCGCUUCCGCCGUUUUCUGCUGCGCGGUGACAUCCCGAUCGGGCGCGAAUGGGGCGAACGGAGCCGGAAGCAUCACGUCCGAUGGCACAUCCCACCGGAGCAGCUGGAUUAUCAGCGAUUUCUGCCACUAUUUUUCGACGGGUUAUGUGAGGACACCUUUCCGUACCGGGAGCUGGCGCGACAUGGCGUAGCGGAUCUGCUGCAGACAGGAACCGAACGGCAGAUCCUACGAACCGUACCGAUGCUGAUACUGCCGAUGCGGGAGGCUUUGAACAGGAGGAAUCCGGACAUUAUAAUUGCGACAUUAAGAGCAUUACAGCAGCUGCUGCGAGUCGGACCAUCGAUUGGACCGGCACUCGUACCGUACUAUCGACAGUUGUUGCCGAUUUUGAAUCUUUACAUUCGGUGUUACGUGAACAUUGGCGAUGCAAUUGACUUUCGUGGUGGUCGUCGGUUGGGCGAGGUGAUCAAUGCCACGUUGGAGUUGCUAGAACAGUGUGGUGGAGCUGAUGCCUAUCUCAAUAUUAAGUACAUGGUACCGACCUACGAGAGUUGUGUGUACAACUGUUGAGAAGCAGCGUAGUGAAGCCGUGCCGAAAAGAUGAAAAAUAUGGCAGUCCUCUUUGAAAUUGAAACGGAAAUGCAGCACCACCUGUAUUCGGAACACAAAAACACUCACUUUGCAUGACCAAUGGGCUGACGGAGAAUGCGCUUCCGAU